GUGGGCGUGGCCUGGAGAGGGCGUAGUGGGCGUGGUCUAGAGAGGGAGGAGGUUGUUGUCCAUCAGUCAUCGUCUGGUCUUCCUUCCACACUAAACACUUUGGACAAUCCGCGAUGGACCCGCCUGACGAUCAGUACUCUCUCCUCCAGGAGCUCAUGAACAUGAUCAACGAGAGCACGUACGACCCGAGCUACGUCCAGACUGAAACCGUCAAGCUGUGUCCCAAGUUGUUGGUCAACGACUUUGGGUCCGACUUCAACCCGCCGUUCUACUACUUCAACUUCCUGCUGAGUUACCUGGGCAACGGCCUGGUGCUCUACAUCAUCUUCAAGUACGAGAAGCUCAACACGGUGACCAACAUCUUCCUGCUCAACCUGGUCUUGUCCAACAUCCUGUUCGCCUCCAGUCUGCCCUUCUGGGCCACCUACUUCCUGUCCCAGUGGGUCUUUGGCGGCGUUCUGUGCAAGAUGGUGAGCAGCGCCUACUUCAUCGGCUUCUACAGCUCCAUCCUCUUCCUCACGCUCAUGACCUUCGACCGCUACCUGGCGGUGGUGCACGCCGUGUCGGCCGCCAAGAGCCGCAAGAGGAGCUACGCCCUGGUUUCCUCGGCGGUGGUGUGGUGCGUCAGCAUCUUGGCCAGCCUGAAAGAGCUGGUGUUCCAGAACGUGUGGGAGAACCCCCCGUACGGCCUGGUCUGCGAGGAGACGGGCUACUCCAGGGAGACCAUGGACUUCUGGCGCCUGGUCAGCUACUACCAGCAGUUCUCCGUCUUCUUCCUGCUGCCGCUCCUCAUGGUGACGUACUGCUACAUCAGCAUCACCGUGCGCAUCAUGUCCACGCGCAUGAAGGAGAAGUGCCGCGCCGUCAAGCUCAUCUUCAUCAUCAUCUUCACCUUCUUCGUGUGCUGGACGCCCUACAACGUGGUCAUCCUGCUGCAGGCCGUGCACAGCGCCGGCGAGGAGAAGGACUGCGCCGGCUCCAACACGCUGGACUACGCCAUGUUCGUGACGCGCAACAUCGCCAACUUGUACUGCUGCAUCAGCCCCGUCUUCUACACCUUCGUGGGGAAGAAGUUUCAGAGCCACUUCAGGAGGAUCCUGGUGAAGAAGCUGCCGUGUCUGAGGAGACACCUCAGCCUCAGCAGCUUCUCAACCAGGUCCUCCUCGCAGAAGACGCCGCACUCCGAGUACGAGUACUAAACAAGCGCAUGCUCGCGCUCUUGAUAGCGAUGUACGCUAGCGGUUUGCGGGCUUCUCUAAUGUAUGUAUAGAUGUAUAUUGUGGAGAGGCGGAGCCGACGGUCCGAGGGCCCGGCAGGGAGGCGGAGAAUGCGGGCGAGCGGCGAGGCAGGGCGUGCCGGGAGUGACCCAACCGCACCCAAGCUUAUAUUGAAAAAUAAAGCAAGUCAAACCUGCUCGGAAGCAAAGUCUUUCCUUGGUGGUCCAUGGAACCCGCACGACGACAGCGUGAGGCGUUGACAUUUGCGCCUCCUUUGCGUCUCCCGUCUUCCUCUGCUGCUCGCUCCGCCGUCUGCUUUCCAGCAGCACGUACCUCCGUCCGACUCUUCAGUCGGCUGCGUCUUCUUCUCUCUCUUGCUCUCCGUCUCUCCAACUCCUUCUCCCCCUAUCUCUCCUCCUUCUCCCCUUUUAUACAUUGAGAGAAGAUACAUUGAUUGUGUCCAGGUGCCCGAUCCACCUGUGGCGUCACUCCCGGCACGCCCUGCCUCGCCGCUCGCUCACAUUCUCCGCCUCCUUGCCGCCAUCUUCGGCCAGGCUCCAGCGUGCCCUGCCGCUCCGUCGGGUCGUCGGCUCCGCCUCUCCACAUAUACAUACAUACAUCUACAAAUACAUAUAUACCCGGUAGUAACCUCUACUUUGCUUGCAAGGUUGUUUCAUAAUUCUUCAGCCUGACUGCUUUACACGUUUGAUGUUGCAAAUAUUACUCACACAUUUGUUUUGUGGCCAAUAAAAUCAUUUAUUUUUGGAGAAA